AUGGCUUUAGCCCCUAAGAUCCCAGGUUCAAUACCACCUGCCAAAGACACCAAUCCAUCAUCAUUACAACCGGCGAGCCCCGUGGCGCGGCACUGCGGGGUCAGCAGGGAGCGCUUUCGGCAGGACAUUUACCCGCUGAGAAAGCCAGCAGUGCUGAAAGGAAUACACCUAGGCACUUGCACAACCAAAUGGACAGUGGAUUACCUUAGCCAGACAGCAGGAACUAGAGAAGUAAAGAUUCAUGUUUCCACGGUGCCACAGAUGGACUUCCUCAGUAAGAACUUUUUAUAUAGAACAUUGCCUUUUGAUGUGUUUGUACGGAGAGCAGCUGAAGUCAAACAUACUGAGUACUUUAUAUCUGAGGAUGAGAAAUACUACUUGCGAUCACUAGGUGAAGACCCACGGAAGGAUAUUGCAGAUAUCAGAAAGCAGUUUCCUUCAUUGGCAGAAGAUAUUCAAAUCCCAGAAUAUUUUGAAAAGGAACAGUUCUUCUCCAGUGUCUUCCGCAUCAGCUCAGCAGGACUACAACUGUGGACACACUAUGAUAUAAUGGAUAACUUCUUAAUACAGAUAGUAGGAAAAAAACGAGUUGUACUGUACAGUCCUCGAGAUGCACCAUAUUUGUAUUUAGCAGGCACCAAAUCAGAGGUGUUAAACGUGGAUAACCCGGAUAUGGAGAAAUAUCCCCUUUUUAGGAAAGCCAGGCGCCAUGAAUGUUCUCUUGAAGCAGGCGAUGUGUUGUUCAUUCCAGCUUUAUGGUUCCAUAAUGUAAUUUCUGAAGAAUUUGGAGUGGGAGUGAAUGUCUUUUGGAAGCAUCUUCCUUCUGAGUGCUAUGAUAAAACAGACACUUACGGAAACAAAGAUCCUAUGGCAGCCUCCAGAGCUGUACAGAUUUUGGAUAGGGCUUUGAAAACACUGGAGGAACUGCCUGAGGAAUAUAGGGAUUUUUAUGCCCGGAGAAUGGUUUUACGCAUUCAAGAGAAAGCUUAUAGCACUAACUAUGAAUAAACAGCAUGAAAAAACAAUCAACCCAACUCUCCUGAAAAUAUGGAGAAGUACAGAUAUUGAUACUGUACCUGAGAUACUUGGAGAAGAUUUUAAUAAAAAAUGUUCACUGUUGAUGA